AAAUUUAACGCGUCGUGACGAGCUUAAUCAUGAGAGAUCGAAAUUCGUGGAUACGUUCGAAGCAGUAUUCUUUGACACAAGUGAGGGUGCUUGGUUCGAUCUGAACUACAAAACUGGUGAACAUUACGACGACGCCUAUCCAUCACUGGCGGUGCCACUGUUCACGGAAUGCUACCAAGCGCUGAACAGUGCGAUGAUGGUCGAUGUCCUAGAAACACUACAACGCAAAGGAUUAUUGCAAUUUCCGGGCGGUGUUCCAGCCAGCUUAAUAAAAGGCACGAAUCAGCAAUGGGAUUAUCCGAACGGAUGGGCACCAAUAAAUCAUAUGAUCAUCGAAGGACUACGGAAAUCAAAUAAUCCAACACUACAACAACGGGCUUUUGAACUAGCUAAUAAAUGGAUCAACCGCAAUUACGCACUUUAUCAGAAGGACCGAAAAAUGUGGGAAAAAUACGACGUCGCAAAAGAAUACGUACGUGCUGCUAAGGGUGGCGAAUAUGAAAACCAGUUCGGCUUCGGUUGGACCAACGGCGUAGUACUGGAUCUGUUGGUAACAUUCAGUAAACGAGCUAUAGUGAAGCCAACCGGUACGCCGGUCGACACUCAUGUCGUCGUACGUCCCGACGUUCCUGCCGAGAAAACUAUCCCGAUAGUGCAAUAUGUAGCACCAGAGCGACCUUCGGAAAAGCUGUGGCGAUUCGUGAAACGACUGUUGAUUCGAGCACUGGUCGCCUUCCUGAAGUGCAGGAGCACCAACACCAACAGCAACAACGAAUUUAGAUAGCC